AUGUCUCGUGGGCACAUUCCUUCCUUCACAUGGGCCAACAUUUUCCAUCUUUGCACCAUCCUGUGCAUGCUCAUCACGCCGGCCGUGAUGGUGAAGCAUGAAAACUUCAAAACUUGCGAGCAGUCUGGUUUCUGCAAACGCAAUCGCGCCUACGCCGACACCGCGUUGUCCACUUCCAACUGGAACUCUCCCUACACCCUCGACCCCGCAUCCAUCAAGUUCAACAAGGGCGUCUUGACCGGCACUGUGCUCAAGAAACUCGCCACAUCAGACGAGAAUGUGCGAUUACCGUUGACCAUCACCUUCCACGAGGCGGGAACGGCGAGAGUCACGGUAGAUGAGGAGCGCAGACAGAAAGGAGACAUUGAACUUCGGCAUGACAGCAAAGCGAGGAAGGAGAGGUACAAUGAGGCGGAGAAGUGGGCCAUUGUUGGAGGCACCGCGGUCAGUACCGGUGCUGCACUGAGCAAAGAUGCGGACCAGGGCACCACUCGAGUCCUGUUUGGGCAAGGGAGCAAAUUCGAGGCCAUCGUCCGUCAUGCUCCUUUUGGUAUCGACUUCAAGCGAGAGGGUGAGACGCAGAUUCAAUUCAACGAUCGUGGAUUGAUGAACUUUGAGCAUUGGCGUGCGAAGGUGGAGAAGCCGGAAGUCGCAGCGGCGGAGGGCAGUGAGGAGAACCAAACAGAAGAUACGGCGGUGAAGACCGAUUCUGGUGAAGAUGAGAGCACGUGGUGGGAAGAGUCUUUUGGCGGCAACACGGACAGCAAACCGCGAGGACCGGAAGCAGUUGCGUUGGACAUCAACUUCCCAGGCUAUGGACACGUGUACGGUGCGGCCGAGCAUACCGGCCCUCUAUCGCUAAAGGAAACUCGAGGAGGCGAUGGCAAGUACUCCGAACCCUACCGAUUGUACAACAGCGAUGUGUUUGAGUACGAAUUGGACAGCCCGAUGACGCUGUACGGCUCCAUUCCAUUCGUGCAGGCCCACAAGAAGGACUCCUCGGUUGGUGUGUUUUGGCUCAACGCCGCCGAAACGUGGAUCGAUAUUACGAAAAGCACGUCAACUGCGAAUCCCCUCAGUCUCGGCAUCGGCAACAAAGUCACCACUCAGACGCACUGGUUCAGCGAGAGCGGUCUGCUUGACGCUUUUGUCUUUCUUGGCCCAACGCCGCAAGAUGUCAUCGGAUCAUAUGCGGAACUGACCGGCUUCACCGAGCUGCCGCAGCACUUUGCCAUUGCGUAUCACCAGUGUCGGUGGAAUUACGUGACGGAUGAAGAUGUCAAGGAUGUUGAUCGUAAAUUCGACAAACAUCGAAUCCCUUACGAUGUCAUCUGGCUGGAUAUCGAAUACACGGACGGCAAGAAAUACUUCACGUGGGAUCCGAUGAACUUUCCAGAUCCUAUCGGGAUGCAGAAACAACUGGAUCAGCGUGAGAGGAAGCUGGUGGGUAUCAUCGACCCGCACAUCAAGAACGAAGGCGGAUACAGCAUCGUGGACGAGAUGAAGUCCAAGGACCUGGCAGUCAAGAACAAGGAGGGAACCAUCUUCGAAGGCUGGUGCUGGCCUGGCAGCAGUCAUUGGAUCGAUUGUUUCAGCCCGAAAGGCCGAGAAUGGUGGAAGAGCUUGUUCCGCUACGACAAGUUCAAGGGUGCGGCGAAGAACAUGUUUAUCUGGAACGACAUGAACGAGCCAUCUGUCUUCAACGGACCAGAGACUACGAUGCCAAAGGACAAUCUGCACUACGAUAAUUGGGAGCACCGCGAUGUGCACAACAUCAAUGGCAUGACUUUCCACCAGGCCACCCAUGAUGCACUUCUGGCUCGCGACAAAGACGAAGACAAGCAUAACGUGAGACCAUUCGUCUUGACCAGAGCCUUCUUCUCAGGGAGCCAACGAUUAGGUGCGAUGUGGACCGGGGACAACCAGGCGUCCUGGGGCCAUUUAGAGGCGAGCAUCCCGAUGCUUCUUAGCAUGGGCAUCAGCGGGUAUCCGUUCGCGGGCGCCGAUGUGGGUGGUUUCUUCGGUAACCCCGACAAGGAGCUCCUGACUCGGUGGUACCAAGCUGGCGCCUUCUACCCCUUCAUGAGAGCGCACGCGCACAUCGAUACGCGCCGGCGAGAGCCGUAUUUGGCUGGCGAGCCGUACACCCAGAUCAUCGCGCAGGCCAUCCGCCUGCGCUACAGCUUGCUGCCGGCGUGGUACACGGCGUUCCAUGAGGCGAGCACCACGGGCGCUCCUAUUCUUCGGCCGAACUACUAUGUGCAUCCCGGUGACGAAAAGGGUUUCGCCAUCGAUGACCAGUUCUAUCUCGGCAGCUACGGGCUCUUGGCCAAGCCAGUGACCAAGGAAGGCGAGAAGGGGCAGGAGAUGUACUUGGCCGACAAGGAGAAGUACUACGACUACUUCGACUAUUGGAUGUACGAAGGCCCGUCGACAGUGAAGGUGGCGGCGGAUCUGGACACGAUUCCGUUCCUGAUGCGAGGCGGCCACAUUAUCCCCCGCCGCGACCGCCCGCGCCGAAGCUCGGGGUUGAUGAAGUUCGAUCCGCUUACGCUGGUCGUCGUGCUGGGCAACUCCGGUGACGCAGAGGGCACGCUGUACCUCGAUGAUGGAGAGAGUUUCGACUACAAGGACGGCGCAUACAUCCAUCGCCGCUUCCACUAUCAAGGCAGCACUUCGACGCUCAUGAGCGAAGAUCUGGGUGUGUCGGGGAAGAGAACGAAGGAGUAUCUCAAGACCAUGGAGAAGGUGAGGGUUGAGAAGAUUGUGGUGGUCGGCGCGCCGGAUGCAUGGAGGGGCAAGACAGAGGUGGAGGUCAGCGAAGAGCAGGGUGGGAAGAGCUCCGCCGCCCGACAGGUGGAGCUGGAGUAUCACGAGCGGGAGGCUGGGAAGGCGGCGUGGGCGGUUGUGCGCGAUCCCGGCGUGCAAGUGGGAGCGGGGUGGAAGAUUGCUUUUUGA